GAAGCUUAUCGGCACCAACCCAUUGAUAAGAGCUCUAAAUCCCGAGGGGAGCGAGCACCGAGCCAAGAUCAAUCCCUUCACAUAACAAAAUAUGACAACUUCUAAUGGUGCUCAAUUGAUAGCCCGCGCUCUCAAAGACCUGGGAGUAGAGGUUAUAUUUGGUCUAGUUGGUAUACCGGUGGUACAAAUCGCGGAGGAAGCAAUUGCUGUAGGAAUACGGUUCAUUGCAUUCCGAAAUGAACAAGCUGCAAGCUAUGCUGCCACAGCAUAUGGAUACUUAACAGGACGGCCUGGAGUUUGCCUCGUUGUCGGUGGUCCAGGUGUGGUUCAUGCAAUGGCAGGCAUAGUCAACUCAUCUGCCAAUGCCUUUCCAAUGCUUUUACUUGCAGGCUCGAGCGAAACUCAUUUGAUUACAAAAGGUGCUUUUCAAGAGCUUGAUGCUAUCUCUCUUUUGAGUCCGCAUACGAAAAUCGCAAUCCGAUCAGACCUCGAUUCAAUAUCACGCUCAAUCACAGCAGCUUAUAGAACGUCAUGGUAUGGCAGACCUGGAGCAGGUUUCGUUGACUUGCCUGCAGAUAUCAUACAAGGAGAAGGAGAAUACACAUCAACACAGAUAGUGCCUGCUGCGCCACGAGCCGCAGGGGAUGCGGAAAGUAUCAAAAAGGUUGCACGAUUACUGAAGUCUGCAAAAGCACCUCUUGUUAUUGUUGGAAAAGGUGCCGCAUACGCGCAAGCCGAAUCUGUUGUUCGACAAUUGAUCGACCAGACCAAUAUUCCUUUUCUACCAACUCCUAUGGGAAAGGGAGUCUUGCCUGACUCUCAUCCAUCCAACACAGCAACAGCUAGAUCUGCAGCACUCAAAGGUGCCGAUGUCGUCCUCGUUCUUGGUGCGCGACUCAACUGGAUACUUCAUUAUGGCGAAGCACCGAAAUACAAUCCGAAUGUUAAGAUAAUUCAGGUUGAUAUAUCUGCCGAAGAAAUUGGAAAGAACAACGGUGACGCCGAAUUUGGAAUAAUUGGUGAUAUUAAUGUGGUCGUCAAACAACUAAGUGAUUCUCUACAGGGCUGGAAAUAUGAUACAUCUUCAGUAUACAUAAAGGAACUGAAAGCAAGUAGAAGCAAAAAUGAAGCUACCGCUGCUAAAACUGCGAAAGUUGACAAGUUACCAAUGACAUACGGUCGAGCUUUUGAUGUCAUCAAGGAAACCAUUCAUAAAUUAUCACCACCGGAAAACGGUAGCGUAGUUUAUGUAUCUGAAGGCGCAAACACCAUGGAUAUCUCACGUAGUGCAUUUCCUGUAGAGCAUCCACGAUUGCGUCUUGACGCUGGAACUCAUGCCACAAUGGGCGUCGGCCUAGGAUAUGCCAUUGCAGCUCAUUGUGCCUAUAACCUACCCUCAAGAGAAGCGCGAAGCGGACCAAACUCUUCCCACAAGAAGAUUAUCUGUUUAGAAGGCGAUUCUGCUUUCGGGUUCUCACUGGCAGAGGUUGAAACAAUGGCGCGGUACAGUAUGGAUAUUCUUAUCUUUGUUAUGAAUAAUGGUGGCGUGUAUCAAGGUGAUAGCGAAAGCUCAGAUGAGUGGUUGAAACUGCAAAAGAACAGUGAAAUGGGUUCCAAGGGAGGCUUACGUAGUACAAGUUUAGGGUGGGAAGUUGAUUACCAAAAAGUUGCAGAAAUGUGUGGCGGAAAAGGAUUUCUAGUCCGUAGUCCUGAAGAGCUUGCAAAAGCUACUGAAGAGGGCUUUAAAGCAAGUGUCCCGGUGGUCAUCAAUAUUAUCAUAGAAGCGGGGGCACAGAAGACUUUGGAGUUUGCAUGGCAGCAAGAUUCGAAGAAGAAGAAUUCAAACAAAGCAAAGUUGUGAAGACGUUUGAGGAUAUUCUAAUGAGACAGGGGUGGCCGACUUUGACUUUGAAGUCACUACUUCGACCAAUCGGGAAGGUGCAUGAAUCGACUCAACAUUCAACAUUCAACAUUCAAUGGAAGCAAAGACACAAGAAGUGAUAUCUUUGACUUUCUAUUAAUUCUGCAAAGUUCUUUUCUGUUCUAUUGAUAGAUUUCUAUACAAGAGGCAAAUCCAUGUCCAUGGGUGAACAAUGUUUUUCACUUGCAUUUUCUGAAGGGGCCAUUCAACUGCAAAGCUGCAAGUUGGCUUGAAUAUUGAAACAUGCAAUGGACCAUUGGUACACACGCACCUUUAUGCAGGGAUUUUAGUUUCAUUAUUGUUCUCCACCUUUUCUUCUUCUUUGUAUUGACGUCAGGGCUCUUAGAAUGUAUAUUGGCGUUAGAUACUUGUAUAAUGAUUAGACCGUUCAUAAAUGUAUCUUUAAUUGCAAUCUGAUACCUG